CAAGAUCGUCAAAGUCAGACAUAACCUUAAAAAUUUCUAAACUCACGUUCGUACCCAGCUUUAUGAUUUCAUUUAAAUUUAUUUUCCGUUAAUUUUAGUUUUUGCAAACAGCAUGUUACAGAACAGUCGACGGUUCAGAUAUUUAUGUGCAGCUCUCCAAAGUUUCCAUUUAAACUCAUCACAUAUUACCAUUAGAAAUGGUGCAAAGUGUACUAGUGCGUUUCAAUUUCAAAUUCGAGGGAAAAAGGACGAUUCAUCUAUAUCUUCCUUAUUUAUCCCUGUUCAAGUCAAAUCAACGCCAGACGACAUAAAUGUUGGCGAGGAAUUAACAGGGACCUUAAAUAAAUCUGAUUUGUUGAAAGUGUUGAAUAAGUUUUACCAAAAUAGGGAAAUCAAGCAUCUGCUCAUGGAGAAUGGAUUGGAUAAUUAUCUGCAACAUCAGGCAUACGUUAGUUUCCGAAGAUUCUGCUUAGAAGCACAAAACUUGCCUGUAGAUAUUCAUGUUGUGUUCAGUGACAUCUUACAAGGAGCAGGGAAUGAGACGGAUCUGUUCCCAUACUUUCUCAGACAUGCUAAGUUAAUGUUUCCCCAUUUGGAUUGUAUGGAUGACUUGAGGAAGAUAUCAGAUCUGAGAUCACCUGCUAACUGGUACCCGCAAGCCAGAGCUAUGAACAGAAAGGUCAUUUUCCAUGCUGGUCCCACAAACUCUGGAAAGACUUACCAUGCCCUGGAAAGGUUUCUUACUGCCAAAUCCGGAGUGUACUGUGGGCCAUUGAAACUGUUAGCCAAUGAGGUUUUUAAUAAGUGUAAUACUAGGGGUACCCCAUGUGAUUUAGUUACAGGAGAGGAGAGGAGUUACGCAGACCCAGCUGGAAAUCCUUCGGGUCAUGUUUCAUGUACUGUUGAGAUGACCUCUCUAAGUAAUCCAUAUGAGGUAGCUAUAAUCGAUGAAAUCCAAAUGAUCAAAGACCCACAGAGAGGUUGGGCUUGGACGAGAGCUCUUCUUGGAAUCAUGGCAGAGGAGAUACAUCUUUGUGGAGAAGCAGGAGCAGUAGACCUUGUUCGACAAUUGACCCUAACAACCGGUGAAGAUUUAGAAGUUAGACAUUACAAAAGGCUGACGUCACUCAAAGUUGAGGACUCUGCUUUAGGAUCACUUGACAAUGUUUUGCCUGGGGACUGCAUAGUAUGCUUCAGUAAAAAUGACAUCUACUCAGUAUCCAGAACCAUUGAAGCAUCUGGAAGGGAAGUAGCAGUAAUCUAUGGUGGCUUGCCACCUGGCACCAAAUUAGCUCAGGCAGCUAAGUUCAAUGACCCGGAUAGUAGUUGCAAAAUUUUAGUAGCAACCGACGCUAUCGGUAUGGGACUUAAUUUGAGUAUAAGAAGGAUGAUAUUUUAUUCUCUAAUAAAGCCUAUAAUGAAUGAAAAGGGUGAGAAGGAGAUGGAUACAAUCAGUGUAUCGUCUGCUUUGCAGAUAGCUGGUAGAGCUGGAAGAUAUGGUACUCAGUGGGAGACAGGUUACGUAACAACCUUCAAGCCUGAAGAUCUAAACACACUAAAAGUUUUAUUAUCAUCUCAACCAGAACCCAUAACCCAAGCUGGCCUACACCCAACUGCUGAUCAAAUUGAGCUAUAUGCAUAUCAUCUGCCGAAUUCAACUCUGAGCAACUUAAUGCAAAUAUUGAUUAUCAAAGAUCAAAAAUCAAAUCUGCAUCAAACCAGCUACCAAGGAGUUCAACACUGUCUACCAACUGCAAUCCAAGUUGAUUAUUUAAAGCUGUUGUGGUGACUGAAGGAAUAAUUUGCUUAAAUGUGAAAAUUGGUUGCAGUAGUUUUAUUUUUAUUGUGCACAACAAUCCUCCAUCUCUUCAAAACUAUCAAGAUGUUCUUAUAAAGUUCGUCAACAGAACUGUCAGAACCCGCAAACAUUGUGACUUUACCGUUCGAAAUGAAAUUUGGAAGGUCAUUUACGAAAAGUAUGAAUAACAGUGGUCCGAACACUGAUCCUUGCGGUACACCAAGGAUAUAUUCGUGAACCUUUCAACAGUUGAUGAUUCACUGUACUUCAUGUGCAAUAUUGAAGACUUUAAAUUCCUAGCCGACAUGAUUCAGCACGUUCCUCUGUCUCUAAGGUCACGAUACAUAUUUUGCUGUGCUCCAAUCAAUAAAAAGAUGCCAUUUGUGUGUACGAUGUUCCUAAAGUUCUGUCGACAGUACAGUAAAAACGAGUCAAUAUCGUUUGACUGGUUGUGCAGGAAUAUAGGUUGGCCAUUACAACCAGCAAAAACAAUAAUAGAUUUAGUUCAUUUAGAAGCUGUUUUCGACGUUUUGGACCUAUACUUAUGGCUGAGUUACCGAUUCAGCGAUAUGUUCAAUCAACCGGAUCUAGUUAGAGAUAUGCAACGCGAAUUAGACCAGAUCAUUCAAGAAGGUAUUGUUCAACUCACCAAAUUGCUCAAAAAUUCCGAGACUGGUAUUAGCUCUGGUACAGCAGUAGCUGAUGACGAUCAGUUUGUGAUGAAUAGACAGAAGCAGCAUUAUUUGAGAGAACCGAAAUUGUCAGGCAUUGGAAGGGGCAGACUGACAGAACGACUCUUAGCGCAAGGUAUUUUAACCCCAACGAUGUUGCAAGAACUCAAGAAAGAAUGGAAUAGGAAGUCAGAAAAAGGUUCGUCCCAGGACAAUGAGGGAAGUGAUCCUAGAAAACCUAGGAGGAAGAGGAAAUUUUAAUAAGGACAUAGUGUACUUUCCAAAUAUUUAUUGUGCAAAAUCACUGAAAAUGUUUUAAUUUGCAGUGUAAAUAUACUUUUAAAUAUUUAUGGUAGAUAUACAUUUAUUAUAUACACCUAUUUUAUACGUUUCUACAAAAGCAUAACGUGAUUUUCGAAGUGAUUUUUUUAAAUGAUGAGUGAAUGAGAUUUCCCCUAAGAUUGACAUAUUUAACUGGCAGAUAAAGGUAGCUGGAGAUUGCCAGUUAACUGCCAAAUCAUUGGCAAUUAAGUCACCGACCAUAAUUAUAUAUUUCUGAGACGGGAUAGCAGUUGAGUAUGCAUAACUUACCUAGCAUGCUGUGAAGACAUUCAGUUUCCCCAGAAAGACUGGAAGAAGACAAUAUCCAAUGUGAAAAUACAAAUAGAUGCCUCACUCGCCUUUUAUGAACAACUACAAUUGAUAACAGUCCCC